AUGCAAAAGAGCGUGUGGAAGGUAAGAACCAUCAUUGACGAACACAACCACAAGCUUGCCCCAGCGAUUUUUACAAAUCUCCUUCCUAGUCAUCGAAAGAUUAGCGAAGGCGACAAGGCACAAGUGGAUAGUUUCAAGCAGUUUGGGAUCCCAACCUCGAAAAUAAUGGCUUACAUGGCAGGGCAAUCUGGUGGGUAUAGUAUGCUUCGGUUUACAAAACGGGAUUUGUACAAUUAUGUUCACGGACAGCGGCUUGCGCGAAUAUCGGAUGGGGAUGCAGCAGCCACUAUCGGUUACUUAGAGGGUAAGGCGAACGCGGACAUGAUGACCUCGGCACGCUACACACGGACCCCGGAUAAUCGACUGGGUAGCCUAUUUUGGGCUGAUGGGGAGAUGAUGGCGGACUAUCAGCUAUUCGGUGAUGUUUUGGCCUUUGAUUUUACGUAUCGUGCUAACAAGUACAGGAAGCCGCUGGUGGUAUUCUCUGGGUCAAAUCACUGCAAACAAACAUCCAUUUUUGGGUUCGCGUUGCUUGAGGAUGAAGAGGUUCGUACUUACCGGUGGGUGUUAUUGAACCUGCUGGAUGUGAUGGGACAUAAGAAGCCUUGUGUAGUAGUCACGGAUGGGGACAAGGCGAUGCGAGCUGCGAUUACAGAGGUGAUCCCGACCGCGAAACAUAGGUUGUGCAGUUGGCACCUUGAGAAGAAUUGCGUCCAGAGGGUUAAGGAGACAGAAUUCCGCAAGGUUUUUCAGAAGGCGCUGUAUGCCAACUUGGAUAUCAAUGAGUUUGAGGAGUAUUGGAAGACGGCGGUUGAGUCGCUUGGCUUACAAGAUAACAUCUGGGUUCAGAGCACAUACGAUAGUAGAGAAAGCUGGGCAAUGGCCUACCUGAGGGGCACAUUCUGUGCGGGAUACAGGACUACCUCAAGAUGUGAAGGGAUCAAUGCUUUCAUUAAGGGUUUUCUUAGAUCAACUGAUAGCAUUUUGGAACUUGUACACAGUUUAGAUCGAGUUGUAAAAGACUAUCAGAAUAAUGAAGUAACAGCCCAAUUCUAUUCCACCUAUUAUACUCCUGUGCUAACGACCGGACUUGAUUCGAUCGAGCUGUUUGCUUCGAAGGUGUAUACACGAGCGGUUUUCAGAGAAGUGAAGAAACAAAUAAAGGGUGUGGCAACGCUAUUGUUUCGGGGCAGGGACAGCAUUAGCACGACGUGUGUGUACAAGUUUUCAAAGAUGGGGAAACCUAAUAGGACAUACAAGGUGUUGUAUGAUCCGAACGAGGAAAUGAUUGAGUGUGAAUGUUCAAUGUGGAACAGUGAGGGGAUUCCCUGUAGUCAUAUAUUCUGUGUGAUGAAGUAUGAGGGCUUGGAAAAAAUACCGGGCGGUCUUAUUUUGAGCAGAUGGUGCAAGGAUGCAAAGGAUUGGAGAUCGAAACCCCCCGAAAGUACAGAGGGCCAUCAAGGACGCUUGCUUAGAUAUGGGGCCCUUUGCGGGGCAAUGAGUGUGGUAGCAAAACUCGGGGCAGAAGAUGCAAAUGAGUUUGUUGUUGCUAGAAACGGGAUUGCACGUCUCGCAGAAGAAUUGCAACGACGAGCAUACAACAAGCUAGGAGGCCCCCCGGGUUUAUCGUCGCUAUCUGGGCUGAAGGACCCGGUGGUGUCGAAGACUAAGGGUGCUCCGAGGAAGGGGAAGGAGAUGCAUCCCGGAAGCGAGGGUGACGUGCUGAUGAAGCGACGACGUUGCACGACGUGCGGCGUACCUGGUCAUACGAAGAGGACUUGCACGAGCCAGCGGGAUCAUGGUGUUGCUGGCACUGACGGUUGCACGGUCCACAGUUCCGCGGAGCGUUCCUCGGCGAAACCAAGUGCCCCGUAUGGAGCUGGGCGGACGCAAGAUGCCGACAACGACGAGAAUGCAUCGGCUGCGGAGCACAUUUCUUUAGUAGUGAGGAGAAUACCUGAUAUGAGUAGUGAAGUAGUUAUUUCCGUCUCACCAUUUGUGCUGGGCAUUCACUCGGAGAACGGCGACAACACCCAGAAUGUUCCAGAUCGUGCUGUAACGACCUCAACUCAGUCAAUGCAUGUGUGUAGUCAUGCGUAUCGCAGCCCCCACAUGGGUGUCGGCGGUGGGGGUUCCAACAUCUUUCUCGGGGGGCAACACAUCGAACAGUUUUUUUCUUCACAAGGUUACUCCGGUCACGUAGGGGGGUCUCACGGAGUACCAGCCAGCUCAGGCGCGUUUAACCCCACAAGGCCCACCAAUGAAGACUUGUUUGAGCAGUGGGUAACCCAGAAUGCCUUGGGAAGACGGGGUGCAGCAUGA